UAAGAGACAUCACACACACAGUAAUCUGUAGCUUGUCCGUCUUGUUAUGUCGGUCGGGAUAGGGCAACCCAAAAUUAAGUGCCAUCAGCUGCUUGUAAACAAGGAGUGUUAAGUAUUCUUCAAUAUUAGUGCAAUUAGUGCGGAAAAUGAAAAUCGCCGUGAUUCUAAAGAAGCUUCAAAAUGUUUCUUAAUAAAUAUAUGGACGCGAAUUAUGAAGAGGGCAGGUAAGGCUGGCAGUUCUACGAGUAGUGUCGCAGGAGAAAGAUUGGCCGAUUACAGAGGAGAAGCCAAUUCUUCUCAAGGAUUCUCUGUCGGGGGACCACUUCCAAACGAAUUUAUUAGAGGUGAAGGUAUGAACGCACAUUUUAGCGAUAUGCCGGAAUCGGCUGAACAAUCAUCAGCAAUGGGUAUCACAAGAGAUAGUCUGAAAGAGAAGAAAUUCUCUGCAGGUUGCUUGGGAGGUUCUGAUAGUUCUAAACAACCUAAAGUUGUCACUGUGAAACAUCCUGAGUCCAACAAACCAAAGCCAACUGUAAAAAAGAAUAAACCUAUCCAAGCAGACUUAGAUAUUGCUAAGGAAUUCAUUAGAUGUAGAGAUGAAGGUGGUACAAGGUUAGACCUCAGUAAAUCAAACAUCACUAUGUUGCCUCAAACGGUAAGAGAUUUAACUCAUUUAGUAGAAUUUUAUCUUUAUGGUAAUAAGCUUGUCACUCUACCCUCUGAGAUUGGAUGUCUAGUCAAUCUUCACACGCUUGCCCUGAGUGAAAAUUCACUUACUAGCUUGCCAGACGCCUUUGCGUCACUGAAGUCUCUUCGGGUGCUUGAUUUAAGGCACAAUAAGCUAAGUGAAAUUCCAGAUGUGGUUUAUAAACUUACUUCUUUGACUACAUUGUUCCUCCGAUUUAACCGUAUCAGGGUCGUUGGAGAUGACAUAAGAUCCCUGACAAAUCUUACAAUGCUUAGUUUAAGAGAAAACAAAAUCAAGGAACUUCCUGCUGGAAUUGGAAAAUUAAUUAAUAUGAUCACAUUUGAUGUAUCCCAUAAUCAUUUAGAACACCUGCCUGAAAGAAUUGGAAACUGUGUUCAGCUGUCAACUCUUGACUUACAGCAUAAUGAGCUAUUGGAUAUCCCUGAAACUAUUGGAAACUUGCAAGCCUUGACAAGAUUGGGCCUUCGAUACAAUAGAUUGAACUCGGUCCCUAAAUCGUUAAGUAACUGUAAACAUAUGGAUGAAUUCAAUGUGGAAGGGAAUAUGCUUUCUCAGCUGCCCGAUGGACUAUUGUCUAGUCUACGGGAACUGACAAGCAUAACAUUGUCAAGAAACAAUUUUACUUCUUAUCCAUCUGGAGGUCCAGCUCAGUUCACAACAGUGGAUACUAUUAAUUUAGAGCACAAUCAGAUCGACAAGAUUCCGUACGGAAUCUUUUCAAGAGCCAAACAUUUGACUAAGUUAAAUAUGAAAGAAAAUCAACUUACAUCAUUGCCACUUGACCUAGGAAUUUGGGUUAACAUGGUAGAGUUGAAUCUGGGUACAAAUCAACUUGUCAAGAUUCCAGACGACAUCCAAAACUUGCAAAGUCUAGAGGUUUUAAUACUCUCAAAUAAUCUUCUGAAAAAGAUACCUUCAAGUCUUGGUAAUCUCAGGAAACUGCGUGUUUUGGACUUAGAAGAAAACAAGCUUGAAACCAUACCAAAUGAAAUAGGAUACCUUAGAGAUCUUCAGAAAUUAAUCAUGCAGUCUAACCAAUUAAUAACGCUCCCUAGAGCAAUCGGACAUCUCACAAAUUUGGUCCACUUGAAUAUUGGUGAAAACAAUCUAACCUAUCUGCCAGAAGAGAUCGGCACCUUAGAAAAUCUAGAAUCUCUGUAUAUCAAUGAUAACCCAAAUUUGCACAACCUUCCAUUUGAACUAGCUUUGUGUACAAACCUUCAAAUUAUGAGUAUUGACAACUGCCCUCUGUCUCAAAUACCUGCAGAAAUCACAUCAAACGGCCCAUCAUUGGUAAUUAAGUACUUGAAAAUGCAAGGACCUUAUCGCUCAAUGUGAAAUAACACAUUUUUCAGUACUUUGUUGUAAUUUAGUGAGAGAGUACUGCAUGUUAUGUUACUGCUACAAGUAAGCUUGUCUACAUUUUGCUAGAUGAGUAAUAUUUAUAUUUAUUAUAAAUGUAUCGCAAGCUUCAUUUAACUUGAUUUUUUAUAUCAUCAUUACAUUUAAUAGUUAUUAGCCUCUCAGUCUAGGUUACAUAAUCCUAUAGUCAGGGUAUUAGUAUAUUGCCAUGUCAAAGGUUAUUAUCGCCUUGCGGGCAUUAUUUAUUUUUAAGUAACGUACAAAUUAUGUCAUGUCCGCACAGGCUGCUGUAAUUUUCAAGCCUAUAAAUGUUAAUUUAGUGCUGUAUGAUAAAUGGAUAACCAUAGAAAUUAAAUGAAGUUGUGAACCGUCUACAUGAUUAGACUGAAAAUGAACAUUGCCAAUUUAUCUGUACUUUUCCAGCAGUAAAUAAGUAAAAAAAAAACUAAAUGAAGGAAGUCAUUAUUAAAAAAGUGAACUAGAACUAAUAAAUACCACCACUGACGUGAUGUGAGUUUUCUAAUUUGGCUCAUAACAGUAACAUACAUUGUAAAUUUAUAGGCCUAGUUAUAAUCUGUAAACGCUGAGGAAUCAGUGGUCAAGUUCUUUUAAUUUACAUAGUUUGGUGUCAUUAACUUAUUAUUUCUACCUACUUAUAUUUAGUGCUAACAAGUGAUGUCAUUAAAACACUCCAAACGUGAAGAAAACUUAAUACAAAUUUUGGUAAUCCAAGAAGAAAGAAUCAAUGAAAAUGAGAUACAAAAAAUGGGAAUCAAAGUUGCCGUUUCAUCACUACCAGGUUUAAAGGAAGUAAAACUGAUAUGAUUUCAUCCAAAGUGGAGAAAUAUAUGAAAAUCUCAGUGAAAGAACCACAGCAACGUCAGCAGUGCACCUUCAGUUACCGACCUGAGGCAGUUCCUUCGAUCUCUUAGUUCAACAAAGUCUUCCAAAACACAUAAUUGUGUAUGCAUUUUAGUUCUAGAUUAUAAUCCUGCUGUAUUUAGUAUUCAACCAAGUAUUGAUUGAUUACCUUUAUGAGUUUUUGUUAGUUCAGUGACACUUUUAUUUCUAGAGCCAAACUGAUUUAUUAUGUGUUAAUGUUGUGCAGUUGAGUGGCUUAAUUGUAAAAGUAUUUAUCCAAUCGGUCAUAUUACGACUAAGUGCAUGGGUCCAUUUGAGAAAAUUGUGUUUAUAUCUGUUUAUAUUUGUUGGAUGUAAAAAUGUAUACCUGUAUUGGUGUUGACGAUAACACUCUCCAACUUUUUGCUCCAAACUUCGUUAAACGCUUUAUGAAAAUAUUUUCUGCUAUUUUCAGCCUUUUUUAAAAGUGAAUGCAGAGAUAGUGUAAUCAAAUUUUAACGCUUAGUGAAAAUAUUUUCUGCUAUUUUCAGCCUUUUUUAUAGUGAUUGCAGAUAAACUGUAAUUGAAUUUUGUUAUUGUUAAGUUGGUAGUGUGUUGGAAGUGUGUUUCUAUCCCUGUACAUGUCUUGUUGACUUAAGGGUAAGCCGUAUUGUACAUAAAAUACAAAUGGAAAAUUCUUGUUGAAUUAGAAAUUGAAUAAAACCCUUACGCUUAUUCUUGGAAAUGAGUAGUUCAUAAGGUGUUAGGUGUAUUUUUGUCUUGUUAGCUGUCUUUGAUGGUUAAUUGUAGCAAAUAUUUUGCAAUAGUUAUGCAUAUUGAUGUUCAUCCUUAAAAUUCUUAAUGUUUUAUUCUGUUACAAACUUGUUGAACAUUACCUUUGUGACACAUUGUUUUGUUUUGAAACCAAAAUUAAUGUUGUUCAAUCGUCAAAUGUUAAAUUUAUAAUUGUGAAAUGGUAUUUUUGGUCGCUGUAGUAGUAUUUUUAAGGUGCUUAAUAAUCGUCUGAUCUAUGAAUCCACAAUGAAUUAUAGUUUUCCGAGUCAUCUGGAAAACAGCUGCUGCAACAACUUAGCAAAUAUGUUUUAUUCCAGUUUAAAUAAAUGUAAAUUUAAUUGUUGAGUGCCAUGUUUGUAGUGAUUAUUCGUGUAAACAAUCAGAAACUCUGACACAAUUGAUGAGUGUUUAAAAUUAUUGGCGUGUUGUUUUAUUUAUAAAACGCAAUACUUGGCUUAUUAAUACUUUGAUAUCUAUUGAAUUUAUUGUUAACAAUAUUCUGUUAUAAAGUUUUAUUUACACACCAAAUCAACAGACGUGUUGUUAUAAUAUUCAAAGUUCCAUUUUAAAACUGUUACUUUUAUUUAUUACACAUCAUAUGUUGCCUUUUUUAAAUUUAUCAAAACGGGUAGCCAUUUUUUUAACUGUUUGUUGAAAAUUGUUGUUAACAACUAAGCUUGUAUAUGUAUUGUUGUAUAUUGCUUUAUAGAUGUUAUUACGUGUAGUGUCAUAAUUUUUAGCUCAUCUUAAAGUUUAUCCUCGUAUUUACUUUUUCAUGUGUUAAGGACCAUAGGAUUAAAAUGAUCAUCAAGGUACUGCUUUCAAAUGAUAUUUUAUUAAAUCUGUUUUGAAUUAUUGUGAAAAACUGAUAUGAAAGGAAAACUGAUAGUACAAGUCCAAACUGUAAAUUUCAUAAAGAAAUCUUUUCCGUGAUGGGGAGUACUACUGUAAGGUAAGUAGGUUCAAUUUAAUAAUAAUUUGUUAGGAAAAGUACAAAAAUGUAUAAUAAAAGUGUACAAAUCAAACAUAUUUUUAUUUCAUAUUUUCUAAUAUACCUUAAUGUACGAUUAAAAUUAAUAGAAAUAAUGUUUUAAAGUAAAGAUUUCAGUUUGAGGUGCAAUCUUUUCUAUCAAUUGAGUACCAUAAUAGGAAGUAAUGUUUAUGUAUUAUGUAUAAUAAAAUAUAGUACUGUUGGAUUACAUGUAAUACAGAUCCGUUAAGGUGUUGUAUGUAAUUAAUGUGCAAUGUUAUAUACCAUACUAUUUAUAUUAGCUUGAGAUUAUUCAAUAUUUCAAGCAACAUCGUUCAAUUAAACUUGUUUUAUAGAAUUUUUUACUGUUUGUAUGAAUUUUUUCCCUUAAGAUCUAAGCUACUUGCCAUUUUGUAUACAUAGGCCUACAGUGUGAAUUAUUUCUAUUCUUAUUCUACAGUUUUAAACAAUACUUUGGAAAGUGCAAUGAUGCUGUUCACAUUUCCUUCUGCAAAGGUGACAUCUGAUAGUAUUUUUGUAUUCAAUAUUGAAGUGUUGGGUAAUGUACUGCGUUUCUAGAAUCGAAUUCAAAUUGGUCUUAUGUAUGUUAGUUUCCUCCAGCAAUGUCAAUAUGUUGUAAUUUUGGAAAUAAAUGUCAAUAAAUCACUCCCUGUCAUGUUGUUUUCAUACCAUGGGCUAAACAGUGUUGGGGUAUGAAUUGUAACAUUGUAGAAUUGGAGGGAGCCUAUUGAGAAAUGACUAUCCUCACAACUACAAUAUCAUCUCAAAGUUUUGAAAACUUCCAACUUACGAAUUAGUGAAACAAUUUAUUGAAUGGACUUAUAAACUGAAGAGAUCAUAUGAAUGUUUUUUUCAUUCAGUUGUAAAAAACUAAGUAAAUUUGUGAUUUAAAAGAGCCUGGCUAUUGACAAUAUUGCUUUAUACUUUAAGAAUGAUUCAGUACUAAACCAUUGUCCCUUACUUUUCUCUCACAGUUUUGAAAAAUAGGAUUUAUACGCAUAAAAGUGAUAUUGGCUUUUUGUUUAAUUUUUAUAUGUAUAUUUUUUAGCUUUGUUUUUUGGAGCUAAGCUUUUGAAUGGAAAAAUUGGAAAUUUUAGUAUUGAAUUAUGUGAAUUAAAAUGUCAAGUAAAACUAAAAACCAAUGGCGUGCAUAUAUUAUACAUUUCACAUGAGACAUUAAAAAAAAAUUAACAAACAGAAUCGUUGAGAAAAAUGGUGUAAAGUUUAGCAUGGAUCUUACAGGAUAAAAAUCAAGAUGACCUUGAAAAUAUCUGGCUCUUUAAAACGUGUUAUCAGAGUUUCCAAACUGUUUGAUUAUUUAAAAGAAUCUUUAGGAUGUGACCAGCCAGAUAGUUCUUAUAAUUCAUGCACAUACAUUUUAUUUUCUGUGGAGCAUUAAGAUAUUUAUCAUGUGUAAACUUGAAGCCAAGUGCUCCAAAACACUUGUUACACAAGGUUCUGUAACACACAUCAGUCAGAAAAACUUCAUUAUAAUUUUCACUAUUAAUCCAGCAUACUCUUGAAUAUUUAGUUAUAAAAUCUAAUUGAUUUUGAUUAGUCAUAAAAUCAUUUACCUUAACACUUAAAAAAAAAUCUGGAAAUGCAAAUUUAUUUCAGAUUCAAAAACUUAAAACCGAUAAGGAUGAUACUCUGUGCAUGAUACAUUCAAGAAGUACCAAGAUUUCAGAAAUAGCUUCUAUUUAAAUUGUAUAGUACUAAUAAAACAGCCAGUGUAGUGGGCAGUGUUGUUUAUUUAUAAAUCUUGUUUGUAAAAAAAGAACAAUAUUCUAAAGAUUGUGAAAUAACCGGUUUAAUAUAACUGUCAACAUUAGAUCAGUGUAUUUCAGACACACCAUAUCAUGUAGUAAUGCUCCAAUCAGAAAACACCACUCAAGUUUGUCAGAGUCUAUUGAGAAAAAGAUUACCAUUUCCGUGUGAUGUAAAGAAUGGGUUCCGUGUUCAGUGGUCUUACAGAAGACACGAUAUUGGGAAUUAAGAAGUGGGAAGUCACAGCAUUUCAAUGUGAUGUGUGUAUAUGUAAUAUAAAUAUAAUUAAUAUUAGUGCAAAAGUUAUAUUUCAAUUCAAACUAAAUAGAUUUUGGAAAGUAAUACUAAAGUAGUAAUUGGAAUAUGACUGUGCACUUAUUAAGAUAAUAUUAGUAAAAAAUAUCAGUCUAAAACAUAUUUUUUUUUUUCUUUUUAGGUACACAAUUCAAGUUAGGAUCUAACUAAUUAAACAAAACCAAUCUGUCUCAUGAGAAAAAUGUAGUAAAAGGAAUAUAGUAAUUAGAUUGGACAGUAUAAUUGUUUCAUCAUUUGAAGAACCACGGAAUAUAGCAGUUAAAUUCACAGGCAAUUAUGAUUGUCAUCCUAUAUUAGUAAUUACCUCUGGCUUAGCUACCGAUUUCCUGCUGAACAAUAAUAGGGACUUCAUAAGCAUCAUUAAUGGCAUACAAACAAACCACUACUGAUAUAAGCGAUGGUUACUGGGAAACGAUCCAAACUCCACAUCCGUUUUAGAAUAAUUCAACUUGCAGCUUAAGAUGAUGCUAUCAAUUUUGGGUUAGGAAAAUAUUUGUUUUUGUCUAAUUAAUAGCACUUUUAAGAUAUUUUUCUUGAAUACAGAAUAAGUUUUUUUUAUCAUUUCACGUAAAAUAAUAGGCAUUCGAAGUAGGAAAUUUAAGCAAUUUUUUAAUCAGGCCGUAAUAAAAAUGGCUGAAGAUAAAAAUGUGAACAUUUCACUGUAUAUACAUGAGUUACACCUUCAGGAAGUAACAUGAUUUUUAAUACUCUUUUUUAACAGAAUAAAGUUAAAAAAAAAAAUAAAACAUUUGUGUUAAAAUUUCUGCAACACUACCUAUUAGAACACAAUAUUUUUGGUGUAUUACUUUAACAUUUUUUCAAACAAAAUAUUUUUAAUGCUAGACUACUCUAAUAUAUAAAAAAUCAAAUAAAAGUAUGAGUGUUUUUUACAAUCAAUAUUAUUAACUCAACACUCUUAUAACAACAAAACACUCAAGUAUGAAACAAUAGUUUUCAACACACCAUUGUUAUGCAUAAAACAUGGGGUCGAGGGAGUUGUUGAGGCUAUAUAAAAUAAUAUGAACAAAACCGUUACAAUCUAUUAAUCUUUGUUUUCAGUAAAAAAAUUCUUGUUUAAAACGGACUUAUGAGUAUAUCAUAGUAUUAAGUUGCCUAAGAACUUAAUACAAAAUUAUUUUUUGGUAGAAUAACAACUUUAGGUUUUCUUGAAUUGUAUGAUUUUAUUAACAUGGUAAAAGUUUUGUAUUCUAACAAUAAACAGUUUCAUACACAAAUAUAUAUAUAAAUUGCGUUCAUUAAUAAGGCACAAAGAUAACGUCUUGAAGACUACAAUUUUGAAGUUAGCUGUGGUACAUAAAAAGUUUAGGGUGUAAUAAUAAGUAAAAGAGCGUAUCUAUAAACGAGCCAAAUCCCAACCAGGGACAAGUGCAACAUUGCCAGGUCUAAUGAUUCAGCCUUCAAUUCAAUUUAUUUCAAUCUUUAUUCAUAAUUCCACAAUACAAUUGGUACACUGAAUUAUGUCAAUUAUUAAUAAUUAAUAUUAAGAACUAAAACAGAAGUCUUAACACCAAGUCAUAUCUGCGAUUAUUUUUAGGAAGGGACUGGGAAAAAUUUAUGUAAUCGAUACUUACAAGGAUAAUACUCAUGAAACAUUGAGCGUUUCAGUUCUAACACUACAUUAAAUAAGUAUACUUUCAUAAUUAUGUUAGAAAUUUGUUUAUAAAGAAAAUGUAUGAGAAAUGUCAAAGUUCUCAGUUUCAUUUAGUAAAAUAUUCUUCUAUCAAGUGUAGUGGUAAUAUUGAGGAAUCAGUUUAAAACUUAACUGCACUUUGCUAAUUUUUUAUAAUAUUAGGUAAUUUGUUAUAAAAUUUCCCUAUGCUUGGUGUCUUCAUGUAUUAAAACAAAUAUUUUCUCAAUAUUAUUAAAUUUAUUUCUUGAUGUGUAAUUGUAUAAAGCUGCUGAAAAACUGUUUUAAACAUUUAGCGUCUUAAUUGUGGAAAUCUGACAAGAACCAAGAUACUUUGAAUGACAAUUUUUAUCACGUUCAGAAUUGUUAAAACAUUAAAGUUACAAUUAGGAUCCCACAUGAUUCCUAUUUUCGACGCAUUAGGCAUUUUGGGAUUUUACAAAACAUAAACUUUCCACGUAAACUACUGUAUACACAUUUAUUUACUUACUGGCUAUUGAAACGAUGUUUCUGAAAGGAAUACGCCCUUUUCUUUAACAACACUCAUGAUCGUGUAGAACGUAAACUCGACAAGGAAUUUUUACAAACAUAGCCAUUUAGAUAUGUUCAAGACAAGUUAUUUUUGCACGCUUUUAUUACCAGUUUUGGAAAACUGCAAUAUAACUCUGUUAACUCUCCAAUCUUCAUAAAUAUUAAAUACCGGGGCUUGAAAAUUGAAAAUAUUUGCUUGCUAUUAUGUGUAGUACAAUGGUGCUCGAAAGUAUCCAUAUUUGAACCCUCGAUGGUCGGGUGGUACCUGAUGCAGUGGGGAGGGGGAGGGUUUGGGUGCAAAAAUGGUGUCUUAUUUUAAUGACUAUCACAGAUUCUACAGAUGUUUCAAAAAAGAUCUUAAGUUUAUCAUGAUUCUGUGUUUUGAUGCAGUAGUAACAUUUUAAUAUUCAUUAUGCUGUAUCAUGGAUCUGUACAUGAAAUAUUAAUGAUAUACAUUAAUAGGUAAUAAAUAAUUUCAAAUCUGUCUCUGUUUUCUGAGGAAGGCCUUGAGAAUUUAUUAUGAUUCAUAAGAUGGAUUAAUACAUCUAAAGCUAAAAACACUUAAAUGUCUAGUCUUGACAGUCAGGGGACAAAGUAAAACAUACCUAAUACUUACAAGGAUAAUACAGCAUGAAACAUGGAGAAUUUCAGUACUGACACUACAUUUAAUGAUUAUACGUUCAUAAUUGUGUUUUCAAUUUGUUUAUAAUGAAAAUAAGGAUGAAAAAUUUUGAAAUUUUCACUUCGAUUUCAUUCAGGACAGAGUCACAAAAGGUAGAAGGAAAUGUGGACAAUAAUUAUGCUCUAAUUGAUCAAUGUUGUUGGGAUUUUCUCUUGAUCGUCUAUUUUUAUAACAUUAUUUAAUGUUUAAAGGCUAGUGAAGUUGAGCCUUACCCUAGUGUUAUUUUAUAACGAUUCAUGGAAUAUACAUGCAAACUUGUUAUAAGUUUUAAAAUUAUCUUGUUAUUGCUUAAUGUGAGGCACAAAUUUAAAAUGAAGUAAUGCUAGAUCAGAUAACCUGCAAUCUGGUCCAGGUUGAGUUCAACAAGCACAUCAUUGUAUAAGUAAAGGAAACCUGAUCUCUUAUUGUUUAUCUAAUUUAUACUUGCAUUGUAACUAUUUCGAGUGCAUUGUAACCAUGUAUUAUCCCUCCUAUUCCCAACCCAUAACUAACAAUUCCAGCCUAGUUCAGUUAUUCUCUACCAUUCACUGAUACUGCUUGGGUAGGAGUUUAACUAGAAAUAAUUGUGCAGCAAUAAUACAUAUUCUGUUAAAUUUCUGUUGAUAUGUGAUCAUUGAAAUAUGCAACAGUAUGACUAUAUUUGAUAACUUGUGUACCAAAUUUAAUUUCUAUCUCCCUCGAAGCUUGCUUUACGACAUAAUUAUAUAUGGUAUUAGUAAGCAAUAUUUUAAUAAACUUAUGUUUUGUCAAUAAGCCUAAUUGAGGUUGUAGGAUGUACAAGUUGGAAAGGUGGAGGUAAAAGGAGGGUCAGAUAAAGAUGGUUUCUUGGAUACAUUAGGAGGUGCUUCCCAGUGGGAUCCAGGCUGUUUCUUCUAUCUGUCAAGAUUUAUGAGUGUGCUACCAUUUUGAUAAUUUUUUUUGCAUUUCCCAGCUGUUGUAAAUUUGAAAUCUGUUGUUAUAAAAUAUUUUGGAGGGUGAUGAACAUUGGCAUUGAUGUAGUAGAGGAAAGUUUUAAGAGCUUAUUUCCUUUUCUUUUGUUAAGAUCAAAGUCACCUGACACAGUAAAGUUUUAAAUAUCAUAAGGAAAGGUAACAUGGCUGGAGAAUUUUGCCGAAAACCCAAGAAACUGGAAUCUUAUUAACCUCUGUGCAGCUAAUGUCCCAGAUCACAGCCCAGUGCGAUGACCUUUUUAUGCCCUUCGUCAGGACGGUAUAUUCAGAUGACCUUUCAUUUCAAUUAUCGCCUGCUGUUUGGGAUUAUCAUUACAGACUUAUAGACAGAUUCACAGUCUGAUACAGGUUCAUCAUCUCAUCCAAUCGGUUAACACUGUUUGAAUGCUGAGAAGCAAGUACAAAAACUAUUACCUCCUCCAAAGGUUCUAAUGUUUUAGUUACCAAAUAUAUAAAUAAUCUUUAUUUGUCAUAUGAACUCUUACGAGUUAUUAAAAAAAGUUGACAGUACAGCCAGCUGAGACUUGUCAACAAAGUUCUUCAGACUUAACAAGUUUAUUAAAUAAAAUAAACAUACUUUAAGUGUAGGGUGUUUACAAUCCUAUAACUUAAACAUAAUGGUUUACAGCUGUUAAAAAUGUAUAUUUGACACAUUGAAAAACUCAUCCAGUGAAUAUAAAGGCAUAGCAAGAGCCAGUUGUAAAAUUUAAUUUUAAAAGUAACUAUAGGCUUCACCCAUUAUAUCAAAAUUAUAUCCUUCAUUCCAUACAGAAGGCUCCUCCGAAUACCCCCUAUAAUUAUUACAAACUAACUUGUCAGGUUUAUUGUAUGAGAAGGUUUAUUGUACGUUUGUAUAAUAGAAGUUUAACUAUAUUCUAGUGAUGACAUUUUAAACUAUUUGCAACAUUCUUGUCCAUUCUUGUCGGUACAAGACAAAUAAAACCUAUGGUCGUUGACAUAACAACUGAUGGUCGUACAGAAAGUCAACAAUCAUGGCUGGUGCCGCAAAUGAAACCCUUCCAAAUUCUCCCAAUAAUAACAAACUGGCUAUUGUAUAAUUGUUUGCUAGAGGUAAUUAUUAAAUAGUAGCCUCCACAUCACUGGGAAACCCUUCCAAAUUCUCCCAAUAAUAACAAACUGGCUAUUGUAUAAUUGUUUGCUAGAGGUAAUUAUUAAAUAGUAGCCUCCACAUCACUGGGAAACCCUUCCAAAUUCUCCCAAUAAUAACAAACUGGCUAUUGUAUAAUUGUUUGCUAGAGGUAAUUAUUAAAUAGUAGCCUCCACAUCACUGGGAAACCCUUCCCAAUUCUCCCAAUAAUAACAAACUGGCUAUUGUAUAAUUGUUUGCUAGAGGUAAUUAUUAAAUAGUAGCCGCCACAUCACUGGGAAACCCUUCCAAAUUCUCCCAAUAAUAACAAACUGGCUAUUGUACAAUUGUUUGCUAGAGGUAAUUAUUAAAUAGUAGCCUCCACACCACUGGGAAGCCCCUACCAACUACAAACUGACUAGUCACAUGUAUUGUACAAGAUAAUUGUCUGCUAGGAGUACAUAUAAAAUCAAAGCCUUCACACCACAAGGAAAAACCUCUUCCAAUAACAAUGACCUGGCUGGUCAGAUUUAUUGUAUAAUCAUCUGCUGGAGGUACACCUUGAAAGUGUGGUGUGAUUGGCGAGUUUAACUCUAGAGGAGUGCAAGGUUAAUACUGUGAGUUGUAUAACUACCUCAAAAACUGUGUAUGACAAAUAAAUAUUUUAAUUAAAUUUAAUUUUCUGUAAAAUAGCUAAUUAAAUUAAGUAUAUUGUUUUAAGCCUUUUGUAAAAACCAAAAUAUGAUUACAUUGAUCAAAAUAUCAGAGGAAGUUUGUUGAGAACUGUAUUUAAUUCUAUAGGCCUUAUCUUUUGUUUCUAUGUGAAAUGUAAGUCUAUUGUGUCAAACUAUAUAAAUGUGUAGUUUCAAAAUCAUGUUGUUUGGUUUGAAUUUAAGUUUAAUUCCACAUUUCUUUUAUUCAAACUAGUUUUUGCUUUGAGCACUUUUAAAAUAGUAACUUUUUGAAACUGCCCCCUUAUUUGGUUUUAGAGUUGCUAAUUACUUCUAUUUUUUUCUACCAUUUAGAUGUAAGUUUACAUUAUUUUACUGUAAUCACAAAUACCUGUCCAGUUGUAUAAGAAAAUAUGUAAAAAAUAAAUGAACAUUUAAUAACUA